AUGCAGGGAACGCGUUUUGUGCGGGUACCUGUCUUCUACAAAAACUUUCCUCGUAACUGUGCGUUGCUAACAUGGUCGAACUUGAAUCGGGUAAACAAAGAGGUUCGAAAUUCUCGCGCGUCAGAACACGGCGCUAGCUGUCAAGGAAACAUACGAAUUUUGCUUUUCUGUGAAAUCUGCUUGGAAGGCGAAACGUCGCAUCGUAUGCAAGUCACCAGGCCUGCAGCAUCAAGUAGACAAGACCUGAAGUCGCACUGGUCUUCCUCGCGCCGCUAA